CAGUUACUUAUUUGGAUGGAAGAAACAAGUAAACGUUUUAAAAAGUACUGUUCAUUGUUUGAUGUUGGUAAGUCAUUCCACGGAAAACCUUUGAGGGCGUUAAAAGUGAGUAUUAUUGGAAGGUCUAAUAAAUGCAAACAAAAACCGUCAAUAUGGAUUGAUUCAGGAACACAUGCACGCGAGUGGAUCACAGUAUCAACGUCUACUUUCUUAAUCGAUAAGUUAUUGAGCGAAUACAAAAAAGACAAAUGGAUAAAGAAACUUAGGAAUUUAUAUGAUUGGUAUUUCUUGGUCACAUUGAAUCCUGAUGGUUAUAUCUACUCUUGGGAAGAGAAUCGUAUGUGGAGGAAGUCCAGAACACCAACAACAAAUGAACAAUGUCCAGGAAUUGAUAUAAAUAGAAACUUUGAUUUCAAAUGGAUGACUGUUGGCGCAAGUGCCGAUCCAUGCUCAGAAUCAUAUGCUGGUCCGAAAGCCAACUCCGAACCAGAAACUAGAGCCGUAACUAAGUUUAUCCUCAGUAAAGGACCAAUAUGGGAUCUUUUUAUAACUUUGCAUUCUUAUGGUCAAAUUUGGAUGUCUUCUUGGGGAUACACCAAAGAAUUACCAAAAAACUAUUUUAGUUUGAAGAAAGUGGGAAUGGCUGGCGUUAAUGCAAUUCAUUCAACAAAUGGUAAAAGAUAUAAAUUCGGCUCUGCAUCCAACAUAUUGUACAGUUCAUCUGGAACAUCACGUGACUGGGCCUCAGGUGUGCCAAAAAUCCCAUAUGUAUAUACAAUUGAGUUGAGAAACAAAUCAAGUUUUAUUCUUCCUCCAUCAGAAAUUUUGCCGACAGGUAAUGAGAUAUUAGCGGGCAUAAAGGCAGCAAUAAUCGAAAUGCAGACUGAAUAUCCGGCUAAAUGUAAAGACCAUUAG